AUGUUCAGCCUCAGCACCAGCAGCAAGAUCUUCGCUCUGUGCAUUGCCGCCACCGCCGUGUCGACCGGUGCCCACGCCGAGACAGAGGCGGACCAGACCUUGGGUUUGCUCGGACUCCCCGGCGUCGGCUAUGGCGCACCCGGCUACGGAUACGGCGCCGGCCCCGCGCUCAGUGUCGGUGUGCCUGGCCUCGCGAGUGUCGGCGUCGGUGUGGGCAACGGCGGUGUUGGUGUCGGUGCCAACGUGCUGGGCCUCGGAGCGCACGUCGGUGUGGGCUUGCCUAUCCUGCGGGCUAUCCUGCGAACGGCGUCCCGCCGACCGGUCGCCCCUGCUACGACGGCUACGACUAGUGGCGCCAAUGGCGCGUCUACUGCGAACGCGAACGCCAAUGCGAACGGCGGCAACAGCCCCUACUCGACCAAGACGGUCUCCGUCACGAACGGAGACGGCACGUCGAACACGGCGUCCGUGUCGAACGGAAAUGGUGCCACCGCGACGGGUGGUGCAUCAGCGAGUGCUACGGCCAGCGCCAGUGCGAGUGCGUCUGCUCGGGCCACGGCUGGAGCGAGCGCCACGUCGGCGCAGAAGACGUACCGCCAGCUUCGCUCGACCUUGGGUUUGCUCGGACUCCCCGGCGUCGGCUAUGGCGCACCCGGCUACGGAUACGGCGCCGGCCCCGCGCUCAGUGUCGGUGUGCCUGGCCUCGCGAGUGUCGGCGUCGGUGUGGGCAACGGCGGUGUUGGUGUCGGUGCCAACGUGCUGGGCCUCGGAGCGCACGUCGGUGUGGGCUUGCCUAUCCUGCGGGCUAUCCUGCGAACGGCGUCCCGCCGACCGGUCGCCCCUGCUACGACGGCUACGACUAGUGGCGCCAAUGGCGCGUCUACUGCGAACGCGAACGCCAAUGCGAACGGCGGCAACAGCCCCUACUCGACCAAGACGGUCUCCGUCACGAACGGAGACGGCACGUCGAACACGGCGUCCGUGUCGAACGGAAAUGGUGCCACCGUGACGGGUGGUGCAUCAGCGAGUGCUACGGCCAGCGCCAGUGCGAGUGCGUCUGCUCGGGCCACGGCUGGAGCGAGCACCACGUCGUCUCAGAAGACGUACCGCCAGCUUCGCUCAGUGGAAUAA